CAUUUGCUUGUGUACAUCCGCUUUGUGGAAGACGUACGGGUUGUGUGCAUUUGCGGUGGUUUGAUUGUUCAAAUCAUUCUAGAGAUUUCGGUCAAUCGGUUCCCAAGGAAUGUGUUCUUUUGCUAAAAUUGACUAGUUUAAGCCGAUUAACGCUAGUUUUAAGUUUGUGUGUGAUAAUUAUUAACUUAAAAUGCCUUUUUCAAGACCUGCCUUUACUGGUUUUCCAUUUGACGAUUCUGAUUUAGAGGAGCGUGAUCGAAGCAGAUCAUUCCGAUCUACCCUCGACGACAUUGCGAAACGCCACCCGGAAUUUGCGGAGCAUCUAAAUUUUGAAAAAUUUCCCAUUCGCACAAACACCUGGGGUCACAGAAGACGUGGUUCGGGCGAUCAUCCCAAAGCAAACAGUUUCGACGAAUUCGCGGAAUGCUUCAAUAGACCAUCCGGUUCGAGAUUUAAAGAAAAAUUUGGAUUUCCCUUUAAUAACAGUUUCGACGCGCCUCCCGAACAAUAUUCCGAGCCCGCACAGACAAGUCCAAAGCCAACUGAAGAAUCGAAACCGCCUCAAGUACCAAAAGAACGGGGACGUAAACCUAAUCCGAACAUCCCUCAGAGCAGCACGGUCGAUUUGGGCCAAAAACAAGAACCAAUUAGCGAUAUUCGGGGACAGCGAUCAAUGUCUGCGCCACCGGAAAACCGUACCGGUCAAAGAUUCGUCUCAAGCAUUAACAUACCAAUUAACCCAGAAACUCCAGACGCCAAUGCAGCUCAGCAGCAACGACCACCUUCACAAACUAAAUGCAAUGAAAGAGUUAUUCCUAUCCACGUCGAAGGCAGGGAUGAACCGGUGAUACCUAAACAACAAACCAACCAGACCUACACCCAACCCCCCCCUCCCCAGUCGGAGAAAAUGUUUGGCCAUCAAAGGCCCGGUUUUGGAACGUGGAAACGUGAUGAUCACCCUUACUACACUGGUGAUCAAAGAUUCUUUCAACAGGAUCCAAAUUUCGAUGGCGUAUUUGGACAGGAAAGAUCCAACUUUCCUCCUUCUGGUACCUCGAAACAACAAACUCAACCAUCGCCUUCGCAAAAACCUCCGACCCCACCGCCACAACAAGCGCCCCUACCCCAGCCCACAAAAUUUGGCCCGAUAGAACAAAUUCAGGGAAUCCAGAAGGAUGUUUUAGAGUUAAUGAAUCAAGUAGAGCAAUUUAAUGGGCGGCCGAAGGACAAACAAUAUGUAUAUCUUGACGAAAUGCUGACAAGAAAUUUAUUGAAGUUGGACGACGUUGAAACGGAGGGCAAGGAGAAUAUUCGGCAUGCAAGGAAGGAGGCCAUAAAUUGCAUACAGAAGUGUAUUAGUAUUCUAGAAGCGAAAGCGAUGGCAAACGAACAGCUACGAUGCGAGGUAAUGGACGUUGAUACCAAAGCAGACGAAACGCCCCCACUCACAACAUUAGAGGUGUCUGGUAUUUCUAGGUCGGGAUCUGAAAAUAUAAGCAAUGAAAUGGAGCAAGAGCAAAUCCCAGCCGAAGCUGUCACAGAAGUGCCUGUUACGGCUGAUGCUGAAAGUAAAGAGACUGAAUUAAAAAAUACUCACGAAGAACCUGCAACGCCGGCUGAAACCGUUGCAAACGAGGCAGCGCAAGAGAGUGUUGAUUCUAGUCAAGUUCAGCAAAACGAAGAAUCUAAAGAAAAAAAGAAAGUUAAGAAGAAAGGAAAGACGGAGUAGUACCUUAUUUUAUUUUAUUUACUAAAAUGUUUGUUGUUUUAUUUGUACGAUUUGUUUAGAACAUUGUAUUGUAUUUAGUUAAAUACACUAGUAUUUAUUUACUCUUGUGCCAUUAUAAAUUGUGUAUUAUUAUUAUUGAUAUUAAACAGCAAAUUUUUGUAUGCUACUACUGCACAUAUGGUUAGAAAAAGUUAUUGUAUAUACCUUAGAGCAGAGAAUACCUAUGUACACUAAUUUGUCGGGUUAUUUAUAAGCUUUUUGUAUAUAUUUGUUUAAUAAUAGUUUGCCCUUAAUGUAAAGUAUCUCUUUGCAUAUCAUUCGAUAUAAAAUUGUUUGUUGUUUUUUGACAAUAUAUUGUUUUAUACCGAUA